AUAUCAUUCCGAACCUGAGCGCCUCGUCGGGUCCAGCACGCAAAGCUUGUCCAGCAGAUCACAAGCACGGAUGAACAGCUUCUUGUAGUUAGUUCGCCCGUUCGUCGCGAUUCGAUAGUGAUAUACGUGUCGUCGUGCUUCCCCACACACCCAACGAAUAAAAUCUAUCACUACUCUAUGAGGAUGAAGUGUAUGUUAGCGAAGCACAUUGAAGCACAUCGAUGAUUACAUCCGGCUCCCGGAUGUCGACUAGGAACCGUCACCAUCGCGUCACCGCCGCGUACACCUAGACAAUCUACCUAUCUACUCAGCCCAGACCAGGAAGCUUUACCCUAACUUGAGCCCCGUGCAUAUUUCGUGGAUCUCCGUCUUCAUUUCCCAGCACGUUCACAUUUUCAAAUCAAAUACCUAUGGGUCUCGGAGUAGUAUCCAUUUUUCGAUCUAUUCACGCAGAAAACGCGCGGGCUUGAGAGGAGAUUCAGAUCCAGAUAGGCUUUCUUGUCUGAGUGCGAAUUUCACAUCUCGAAACGAAAUCAGAGAGUCAAGUAUCAGGGUAUACCGGACGGACGGAUGGACGAGCGGUAAGGUGCGUCAGCUCGUGUUAACAACACUACGCAACACACUUCCGUUAGUGCCAGACGUAAUAACAUACAUACAAUUAACUCACUUCGUGGAGAUCACGAGGACUAGGCAUGAUCACAUUCCGUCGCCCAAUCUCACAUUGACAAGACUCCAUUACACAAAUCUCGUCAAAGCCAUUCCUUCUGAAUCAUUCCCCACCUGGUCUCGCACUCUUCCGUAACUCAAGAUCCGAUUUCCCUCUCUCACGGACACACUUAACAACACCUAAACAUUCUCUUGUCGCCUCGCGUCGCUCACACAUCCGUAAACCGUGAACCGAGAACAAAGUGAUGAAUGAUGGAGAUGUUCGAGACAUCUUCUCUAGGAGACUCCGAUCAUGGAUGUCAUAUCUGAAGAUUCUGAACCUGGAUCGCCCUCAUCCAGACCACAGGAUUCCAGGAUAAUUAAAUUAAAUUAUUCUACUUUGUCCCAUGCCACGCCAUGCCGAUCUCAACCGUCCGUGAUUAUCUUCCGUCCCGUCUCGCUUGUCCCUCUGGUUGCCUGUGAUAAUGAUAUGAUGGCUUGAUCAUUGAUGGGA